AGGUAGUUUUGGCUACCAGGCACCGCUGGUUUUGAGUGGAGGUAGAGGUCGACCACAUUACUGUGUCACUCGGGAACAGCUGUCAUUCUUAAGGUCAUGUGGCUUCACUGCACCCCAGAUGGCAGAUAUUCUGCAUGUGUCUGUGCGUACAGUUAGACGACGUUUGAGACAGUUACACUGCACUCGCGCUUCAUUGUAUGCAGACUUGACCGAUUCUGCCCUAGAUGAACAUGUGCAAGACAUUGUGGCUGGCAAUGACCUAGUUGGUCCUGAGGCUGUGAGGGCAUCGCUGCAUGCAAGUGGACUCCGUUUGCAGAGAAGGAGAGUGCGAGCAAGCAUGAUUCGAUUAAAUCCUGGAGCUGCUGCGCUUCGAGCAGUUCUGCAGAGACCAGAGCGACGGUCUUAUCAGGUGGCAGGUCCAAACUCAUUGUGGCACAUUGAUGGAAACCACAAGCUGAUAAGGUGGCGGAUAGUUAUUCAUGGGGCUAUAGAUGGGUUUAGUCGCCUUGUGGUCUUCCUGCGUGCCUCCAACAACAACCGCAGCAGCACUGUGUUGGACAGCUUCAUCAGUGCUGUGAUCCACUAUGGCAUACCCUCCAGGGUCAGGACGGACAGAGGAGGUGAGAACAACGCAGUCUGGCUGAUGAUGAACAUCUACAGAGGCUUUGACCGUGGCAGUGCUCUCCGAGGCCGGAGUACCCACAAUCAGAGAAUUGAGAGGCUCUGGGGUGAUCUCUGGCGUGGACUGACGAAUGUCUAUUAUGACUUAUUCCACCAUCUGGAGAGCGAGGGCAUCAUUAAUGUUGACAGUGAGAGGGACCUCUGGGCUCUCCAUUAUGUCUAUCUGCCAAGGAUCAACCGGGAUUUAAACGACUUUACAAAUCAAUGGAAUAACCAUGGUUUGAGAACAGAGAGACACAUGAGCCCACUACAGAUUUUUGUUAGAGGCUGCCUUGAGCAACAGGGCCGACCAUCAACUGCCAUGCAGGACAUCUUUGUGGCCAGUGCUGCUGGUGGUGGUGGUCAAGAAGCUGCUGCUGGUGGUGGUGGUCAAGAAGCUGCUGCUGGAAUUCCUAGGACAGAAGAGCUGGAGUUGCUGCUAGACUGGCCAGAAAGACGGAUUACUGUGCCUGACAUCCAGUACAUGUUGGAAGGUCCUGUAAUGGAGGAAGUGCAAGCACGGUUCGACCCACUCAGUGGCCCCAGAGGAAAUCAUGGCAUACAGAUUAUCCGUGAUCUUGUAUCCUUUUUGGAUUCAGCGUUGGGAUCACAGGGACUUCACAGAUGAAGGUGUUCAUAUUUGAUCUUAACUGAACUUUCUUUCAUGUGAGUCAUUGAACUUGCUCAGGAAUCCCCAAAAAGGCAGUAGUGAAAAAGAAAUGUAUUGGGUUGGAGGCAGGGAUGCCCAUGUAGGGCUUUUGUACUUUUGACUACUUUUUCCACCACUGUGAAAGACGUACUUUGUAAUCUAUUAAAAUUCUGUCCCUAUUUUCCCUUUUAAAUUCUUCCAUCCACUAGAUACAACGUGGAUGGCACCACUCAGAUGACUGGGAAGCCUAUCUGUCCCCAUCUCUUAAAAGAAGAGCAUCACCACAGCAGCCCCACUGUGCGCAUCCAGCCAGCCAGUUAAAGAGCUGAAGUUCAAACAGCCCCAAGAAUUUUUUAAAUACCUUUUACUGGUUUUAAUGGUUUUAACAUAAUUCCUAAUUGUUCAAAGUAUUAAGUCAAAUAUCUAGUAGUAGUCAAGACUCCAAUCAAUUGUCUCUCACAAAUAGUCUGACAGAUUCUUUAUCCUGGUUGUUCAUAAUAAUAAUUUUG